CAAGCACGGUUAAUGGUUGGCGCACAGCGUUCAAAAUGUUUUCCAGAAUUGGCUUCGUGCUCAGCGUAUUGGUGCUGUGGUCUGUUAUUAAUUGUUUCAGCGAAAGUGUGGAUGUGCCACUCAAGCCCGUCACGGAAGAUUGCUUGGAAUGCCUCUGCGAAGCGUUGAGUGGUUGCAACGCCUCGGCGGUUUGUGUGAACGGCGCCUGUGGCAUUUUUCGCAUCACCUGGGGAUUCUGGGUUGAGGCUGGACAAUUGACUCUGCCCAAUGACACGGCUCUCUCGGAUAACGCUUUUACGAACUGUGUGAAUGAACCCCACUGUGCAGCCGGGACGAUCCAGAAAUAUAUGUACAAACAUGGACAAGAUUGCAACAACGAUCAGAAAAUUAACUGCCUGGACUACGGUGCCUUGCACAAAAUGGGUCAUCUGAAAUGUCGUAACGAACUUUCUUACUCCUUCGUCAAUACAUUUAGCAAAUGCCUGAAAAUCAAAGGGCGUCAGGCAACGGCAGCUGGUUAAGUUAAUUCCUUUCGAAAUGCUCCCCAAGAUACAUUUUGAGUACUAAUCACUAUAAAAUGCUUGUUAUUAGGGGCGACAAGAAAAGGAAUUUCGUUUUUGAAUAUAAGUAUAAUCGUUUACCUAUUCCAUUAAUGAAA